GCGGUGGCCUCCACUCUCCGCAGCAGACCCUCUCCCAUCCCAGCCUCUCAUGCCGAGACCCGCCUUGUCUGUCACUUCCUUUUGUCAUCGGCUUGGCAAACGGGAGAGAAAAUGGAGCUUCAUGGGAAACAGCAGCAACAGUUGGUCCCAUGCACCAUUCCCCAAGCUGGAGCUGGGCCUGGGGCCCCGUCCCACAGCACCCCGGGAACCACCCACUUGCUCCAUCUGUCUGGAAAGGCUUCGAGAGCCCAUCUCACUGGACUGUGGCCAUGACUUUUGCAUCCGGUGCUUCAGCACACACCGCAUCCACGGCUGCGAGCCACCCUGCUGUCCUGAGUGCCGGAAAAUCUGCAAGCAGAAGAAAGGCCUCCGAAGCCUCGGGGAGAAGAUGAAGCUCCUGCCUCAGCGGCCACUACCCCCUGUACUGCAGGAGGUGUGUGCGGUGAGGGCCGAACGGCUGCUGCUGGUACGAAUCAAUGCCUCUGGCGGCCUCAUCCUCAGGAUGGGAGCCAUCAACCGCUGCCUGAAGCACCCGCUGGCCAGGGACACCCCAGUCUGCCUCCUCGCCGUCCUGGGGGAGCAGCAUUCAGGGAAGUCCUUCCUCCUCGACCACUUGCUCCGGGGCUUGCCUGGCCUGGAGUCUGGUGAGGGCAACUGGCCCAAAGGAGGAGAAGGGUCCUUGCAGGGGUACAGGUGGGGUGCCAGUGGGCUCACCAGGGGCAUUUGGAUGUGGAGCCACCCUUUCCUGCUGGGGAAAGAAGGGAAGAAGGUGGCUGUGUUCCUGGUAGACACGGGGGACACCAUGAGCCCGGAACUGAGCAGAGAGACAAGGAUCAAGCUGUGUGCUCUCACCAUGAUGCUGAGCUCCUACCAGAUCCUGAACACCUCCCAGGAGUUGAAGGACACAGACCUGGGCUAUCUGGAGAUGUUUGUUCAUGUGGCUGAGGUGAUGGGCAAGCAUUAUGGGAUGGUACCGAUCCAGCACCUGGACCUCUUAGUUCGUGACUCAUCCCAUUCCAGCAAGACAGGGCAGGGGCACGUGGGUGACAUCCUCCCGAAGUUGUCCAGCAAAUACCCCAAGGUCCAGGAGCUGCUCCUAGGGAAACGAGCCCGCUGCUACCUGCUGCCUGCUUCCGGAAGGCAGUGGCUGAACAAAGGCUCAGGAAGCCCAGGAGGGGAUGCAGAAGAUGAAUUUGGUCAACUUCUCCGGGCCUACGUGUCAGAUGUGCUGAGCACAGCCCCUCAACAUGCUAAGAGCCGCUGCCAGGGGUAUUGGAGUGAGGGGCGCACCGUGGCCAGGGGGGACAGACGCCUGCUCACAGGACAACAGCUAGCUCAAGAGAUCAAGAACCUGUCAGGCUGGAUGGGGAGGACAGGACCUGGUUUCAGCUCUCCAGAUGAGAUGGCCGCUCAGCUACAUGACCUGAGGAAGGUGGAAGCUGCCAAGAAGGAAUUUGAGGAGUUUGUGAGGCAGCAGGACAUAGCCACCAAGCGCAUCUUCUCUGCGCUCCGGGUCCUGCCCGACACCAUGAGGACCCUCCUGUCCACCCAGAAGGAUGCCAUCUUGGCCCGCCACGGUGUGACCUUGCUGUGCAAGGAGCGAGAGCAGACCUUGGAGGCCCUGGAGGCCGAGCUGCAGACCAAGGCCAAGGCCUUCAUGGACUCCUACACUAUGCGCUUCUGUGGCCACCUUGCUGCUGUGGGGGGCGCUGUGGGGGCCGGGCUCAUGGGCCUGGCAGGGGGUGUGGUGGGGGCUGGUAUGGCAGCAGCCGCGCUAGCUGCCGAAGCUGGGAUGGUGGCAGCGGGGGCAGCAGUGGGGGCCACUGGGGCUGCUGUGGUCGGGGGUGGCGUGGGGGCUGGGCUGGCUGCCACUGUGGGAUGCAUGGAAAAAGAGGAGGAUGAGAGGGUGCAGGGAGGAGACCGAGAACCCCUUCUCCAGGAAGAGUAAGCCAGGAGGCCUUAAAGGGUGAGAUACACAAGGUGAAGGGGCCCACAUGUACCCCAUUGUGCCCACUGAAGGCCUCGUGCCUGGCAGUUGGCUGAGCCUGGGACUCGAGGUGGCUCGAGGAACCAGGCCAGGAGGCAUGGAAGAGAGCACAGGGCCUAUUUCUGAGUAGAGAUGAUUGCUAAUCUGCCAUCAUCCCAGCUGAACUUGGCCCCAGGGUCCCCCCAUUCCAGUUUCUUUUCCAUGAUGACCCUGG